UUUGUCGAUAAAGUUUAGUCAAAGUGUCUCUGCUGCAGCAAUGGCGGCUCCCAUGUCCUGGAGGAGGCUGGUGUACUCGGUGUACACACCGGCCAUCGCCGGGGUUUUUACCCGAAUAUCUGACAGACUCUUCCGUGCACGGGACAGAAGAGGAGGGUCCUCGGUGCUGCUACUAGCCCCCCUCCUGGCUGAAGCCGACCCGGCCCCCCGACGUGUCUCCAGGCCCACCGGGUCAGCUGGGGCUCAGGGCACAGAUGGCCUCUGCACCCGCUUCCAAUGGAUGGCAGAGCAUGUACCUGCCUUCAGGGUGCCAGGAACCCACAUCCACAUCCUCACCUCACCUGAUCAGUUCUACCAGGCCAUGAAGGCACGAAUCAAGACAGCAAAGAGGCGAGUGGUGAUGGCCUCGUUGUAUCUGGGAACAGGUCAGCUGGAGCAGGAACUGGUGGACUGUAUGGAGGAAGCUCUGCAGCGUUCACAGGAAAACAGUCACGCUCCUGACCUAAAAGUCUCAAUAUUGCUGGACUACACACGCGGCUCACGAGGACAGAUUAACUCGAGGACCAUGCUGCUGCCGCUGUUGCAGCGCUUCACCUCUCAGAUGCGGGUGUCUCUCUACCACACUCCGGACCUGAGGGGGCUGCUGCGGCUGCUCGUCCCUCAGCGCUUCAAUGAGACCAUCGGAGUACAGCACAUCAAAGUCUACCUGUUUGAUGACAGCAUUAUCAUCAGUGGGGCCAACCUGAGCGACUCGUACUUCACCAACAGACAAGACCGCUAUGUGCUGCUGGAGAACUGCAGCGAGCUCGCCGACUUUUUCUCCGACCUGGUGGAAGCCGUGGGCGACGUUUCCCUGCAGCUUCAGCCUGAUGACUCUGUCAGCAUACUGGAGGGCAUGGUGCACCCGUACAAAGGCAACAGGCAGGACUUCUCGGCGGUGGCGAGGAAUCGCAUCAUGGAGGUUGUAAACGCAGCCCACGUGAGGCAGCGGCUGAUGAACGGGUCGGAGGACGAGGGGGAGGAGGAGGACACCUGGGUGUUUCCUCUGGUUCAGAUGAAACCUCUGGGGAUCCAGGUGGACGAGCAGGUCACACAGCGCCUGCUGACAGACGCCGGGCCAGACUCCACUGUGUUUCUAACAUCGGGUUACUUCAACCUGACCCGGGCGUACAUGCGGCUGGUGCUCGGGGCCGGAGCCAGCUACCGCAUCCUAACCGCCUCCCCCGAGGUCAACGGGUUCUUCGGCGCCAAGGGUGUCGCCGGAGCGAUCCCUGCAGCUUACAUCCACAUCGCCAAACAGUUUUACAACCAGGUGUGCCGGCUGGGCCAGCAGGAGAGAGUACACCUGCACGAGUACCACAGAUCAAAGUGGACCUUCCACGCAAAAGGCCUGUGGUAUUACCUCCAGGGGCAGGAUCGACCUUGCCUCACUCUAAUUGGCUCCCCUAAUUUUGGUUACCGCUCGGUUCACCGUGACCUGGAGGCCCAAAUCGCCAUUAUAACGGAGAACGAGGAGCUACAGAGCCAGCUGCAGGAGGAGCAGGAGACGUUGUACCAGUGCUCCACUGAGGUCUCCGGUUCUACGUUUGAGCGGCCGGAUCGCCACGUGAAGCUGUGGGUGAAACUAGUCACUCCCCUCAUCAAGAAUUUCUUCUGAGAUGCCACCAGGAGGCAGGUGGCUUCGGUUUUCUUCAGUCCAGAUGGUUGAAGGUCUCGGUGGACAUCGGUUCGCUCCUGCAGACGGGAGGGCCGGACACACUCUAGUAUCAGCGGCAUGCUGGGAGUCUUCAGUGUCACCUCGGUUUUAACCCUCAGUGUGUGCCAGGAAGAGAGACUCACACAGGAGCAGAUGUUUGUGGUGCAUUCAGGGGGUAAAUCUUUUCAUUUAAACUCCAGAUCCUGAAUAUCUGUUACUCCUUUAAAAUUGUUUGUUUCAACACUCGAUGUCAUCACACUGUGGAUUUCUGUUUUUAUCACUAACUACAAGUAUUAAAAAUAAUACUACUACUGUACAUGUUGCAUGUAUAAGAUAGUGAUACAGACUUCAACAGUAAAUGUCCCUGAUGUUUAAUGAAGGCUGUGAUGGUUAACAGAAGGGUGUGUUGAAGUAUUAAAAUCCCUCGAGGAGCCUUAAUAACAGUUUUUAAGAGCUCUUGCAGUGAGUUUACAGCUCUAACUAACCUCUAACCACUAACCAUCCACUUUCUGUGUGUUAUCUUUGUAAAUUAAAGGACGAUGUGGUGAGUUUUUAAAAUUACUUUAAA